AUGAGGGAAUCUUUAGUUUGCAACGAAAAUUCGUUGUUCAAGAAUUUGGCUCGUUAUUUAGUGAAACGACGUGAUUUCCCAUUGUGGGCGCAAGUUUUGGCCGAAGAUAACCAGUACAGACGUCAACUUAUUGAUCAGGUCGUUCAAACAGCACUCUCAGAAACACAAGAUCCCGAAGAUAUCUCAACAACCGUGAAGGCGUUCAUGGCUGCUGAUCUACCGAAUGAGCUGAUCGAAUUGCUUGAGAAGAUCGUCCUUGAUAACUCAGCAUUCGCAGAACAUAGAAAUCUGCAAAAUCUGCUCAUUUUGACGGCGAUCAAAGCGGAUCGUACCCGUGUAAUGGAGUACAUUCAAAAGCUGGACAACUACGAUGCACCGGAUAUUGCAAAUAUCGCCAUAUCAAACGAAUUGUACGAAGAGGCUUUCGCGAUCUUCAAGAAAUUCGACGUCAACACGGCGGCUAUCAACGUAUUUUAUCUGAUAUAUUUCUGUGCAAUUUUCACUUCUUCUGAUUGGGCUUAUUUGUGA